AUGCCCGAAAGUUCACCACUGACUCGAAAUAACUUUGAAAGAGCAAACACUGCAGAGACAAACAACAAUGGACACAUAAAUGGUAAUAAAAAGAUUUUAAAAAUCAAAGAGAUAUGCAGUGUUUUGAUUUUAACAAAACUGUUCAGAGUCCCUGUUGACAAAAUCAUGAUAGACAAUUCACCAGCUCACUGCAGAAUAUAAAUUUAUUAACAUUAUUUUUUGCUUGGCUUUAACCUAAAACCAGUGGAGAUAUUGAAAACCAAGAGGGCGCAAAAUAGUAAGUGAAAUACAGUUUGCUUCAACCUUACUGGAAUUGAAGGAAAGAAAUGUCUUAAUAAAAAUUUAUGGGUGCACGAAUUUCAAGAAAAUCCUCAUUCACAUUAUUUUGGAAUUUUUAGCUAAAUCUUAAUUAAUCUCUCAAGGUCAUUGUCCUACAAGGAUCACUUCACUCUUAAGGGCCUGGAGUAGACUUAUCAUUGCCAACUAGUUCCAGUUUUUAAAGAUGGGUGACCUUAAAUAUGAGUGCAAAAAAUGUAACAUUGUACCAUUUUUAAUUUGCACAGUCACACAUUGCCAUGGUAUGCUUGUGGUCUUAGUAGGGCACAUGAUCAGAAAAACUUGUGCUUUGUUGUUGUUAUAUUUUUGGUGGCCAUUAAAAGGUUGAAUGUAUUGCCAGCGUCCUUCUUAAGUGUUUGGGACCACUAUUGUUACGUCAGGUGUCAGGAGAAAUCAAGCAAAAAUCUUCAAGCAAGAAAUUCAGCACCUUUUAGUUGGCGCUUUAGACGUUUUUGAGAAUUUGGAUCGUGAUACAGUGACAGGAUUUGAGCAAAUAAUGCCAACCACACCAGGAGAAAGCAACAGGGCCAAGAGCAGCAGCACAGCAACACCUCCACGCCCUGCAGCACUGAAGCAAAUAUAUAUUUACCUCUAA